AUGCUGCUCCUUGAACUGCCGCACGAGAUUCUUCUGGAGAUAUGGGACGCCCUUGAUCCUCAGAGCAAUGAGGGCUCCAGGAAUGCGCUGGUUCAGACAUGUCGCUAUUUUAGUAUCAACUUCAACUUUCGCCUUUACCGGGGCACCAUCGCGGUGACGGCACCCUCAGUCCGUGCAUUCACAUGGGCUGCACGGCAUGGUCAAGCGUGGACCAUUCAGAAGCUGCUGAAUGCCGGUCUCUAUCCUGACAAUGACACGAGCAUGGCUGUUCUAGCUGCGGCAAGUCGUGGCCACCGAGACGUUGUACGGACGCUGCUCUGGCAUAGUUUUGACCCUAAUGAGAAGGGUCACUGUGGAUUCUGCAGACCGAUACACCGCGCCGCUACACAAGGGCAUGUGGAAAUCGUCCAGGACCUUCUGGAGGCCGGAGCAGAUAUGCAGGCCUUGAACCAUGAUGAUGAGACUGCCUAUGCCAGGGCAGUCAUUGAGGGCCAGGCCAAUGUCGUAUCUUUCUUCCUUCAGAGAGGUACCUCCACAGAAACUCUUAUCCAUGGUGGCUUAUCAUUAGCAUGGGCAGCGAGACAUGCCGAUUCAGACAGUAUGAACGUACUCCUCGAGGCUGGUGCUGAUCUUGAGGCCACCACAGAAAACGGAGAAACAAUCCUUCACUGGGCAACAAGGUGGGGACAGCCGCAAUCUGUGGCGCUUCUACUUGACAAAGGCGCUGCGCCUGAUGUCCCGGAUCGGCACGGCCAUACGCCUCUGCAUUUUGCAUGCUUCCAUGGAAAUUCAGCGAAGACCAUCACCCUUCUUUUACAACGCAAGGUCGCGAUCGACAGACGAGGACUGAGCAAUGGCAGGACGCCACUAGCGGCUGCCGCGUCUCUUGGCUUUACAGAAGCAAUCAAGCCUUUAUUGGAAAGCGGCGCCGACCCAGCUAUCAAAGAUGUCGAUGGUUGCACCCCGCUGGCACUCGCUGCUCGAUUUGGUCAUGCUAACACUGCGCUGGCUCUGCUAGAGGUGGAUGCCAGCGCUAGGAAGAAGUACGUUGACUUACCGGACGAAUGCGGUCGAACGCCUCUCUUCUUAGCUACCUUAUACGGCCAUGAACAGAUCGUUCGCAUACUUCUCGCCAAGGGAAGUUUGGCAAGAGAGAAAGUGACGUGCGCCGGUCGAAGCCCGCUAUCCUUUGCCAAUGACCAUCAAGUAGGAGAAGUUAAUCUUCGAGCCGUUUGGGAGUGGCUUGCCUGUCCAUACUAUGCCGACAUUGACUUUCCUGCCGCGCAGGAGGCGUCUGAUAAGGCACGCCAUCUAUAUGUGGAUGCCAGAUGCGACCAGUGUCAAUUUGCACUUUCUAAAUACGAUACCCAUUUCCAUUGCACCAUCUGUCAUAAUGAUGACUUUGAUAUUUGCAUGGAAUGCCUCGGUGGUGGUUUUACCUGUUUGGAUCCGUCGCAUGUUCUACAGAAGUGUUGCUCAGUGGAUGGGCACUGGGUGCCGCUUGCUGAUGAAGUUAUUCAUCAAACUACCCUCAGUUUGACCAGCAAUAGUAUCCCCGCAUUAUAG